ACAAGAUUCUUGCUAAUUUACACCCCUAAUUGGUAUAGCCCAUAUUAUUUUAUUUUCAAGAAAAAUCGAUCGAUUCUUGUGGGUUGAAAUAAACGUGAAUCAAUAUAGCAUAGGUAAAAAUGUGUUUGUGUUUAGUAAAAAGAUUUAACUAAUGAAAAAAAAAUAUCCACCCCCUUAAAAAGUUCCACUUAUUGGGCUUUCAAGGUUUUUUACCCUUGUGAGAGGGGGAAUGGACGUGUUACAAGGAAAAAGAAAAACCUAGAUUUAAAAAAAUGAAGAAAAUGUUUCUUUAUAUGCAGUAAUGUUUUUAGUUCUGUAUCCAUAUGCUUUCUCAGAUUAAAUUUUGCGUCGGUUCAGUCGACCGCGACACCCCCGGCAAACCUGCACACUUAGUACGGACCUGUACCGAGCUCGUGCGAUGACGCCUCGGCGUCAGCGGUUCAAAUAAACCCCCGUUUCUCCCCACUUGCAGAACGAUUUCCCCACCAGAACCUUAUUUGUCUCUGUAUUUGGGAAUAUAUUAUGGCUUCUUUGACCAUUUUCUUCUCGUCUUAUCGACCGUCUCCUCGCUCCGCCUGAUGCUCCUGGUUCUUCUCGCUCCCUCCAGUACCCCAUGUCUGUGUGUGCAUCCCGCCUCCCUGCGCUUUCGAUAGAUGGUGCAAGUCAAAAUGUCCAAAUCGCCCGUGGACCCGCUGUCUGCCGUGGAAACCGGCUCACAGUCGCAGUAUUUUCAGCUGCCCAGGAAACUGCCUAAGCGCAAGAGCCGCUUCAAACGCUCCGAUGGCAGCACUUCCUCCGACACCACCUCCAGCUUCAUCAAACGGCAGGGGUCGGCUGAUUCGUAUACCAGUAGACCGUCGGAUUCAGACCUGUCAGCCGAGGAGGACCGCGAGGCGUAUCGGCGCGAAGCCGAACGCCAGGCACAACAACAGCUCGACAGAGCCAAGUCCAAACCUGUAGCAUUUGCAGUAAAAACAAAUGUGAGUUACUGCGGAGCGCUGGAUGAGGACUGUCCUGUCCAAGGAGCUGCAGUCAACUUUGAUGCCAAAGACUUCCUGCACAUCAAAGAAAAGUACAACAAUGAUUGGUGGAUCGGUCGGUUAGUGAAAGAGGGAGCAGACAUCGCCUUCAUCCCCAGCCCUCUGCGACUGGAAGCCAUGAGGCUCAAACAGGAGCAGAAACAAAGGAAGACGGGAGGAAACUCCUCCAGUUUGGGCGACAUGGUGACCGGGAGCUGGAGAACCACACCGCCAUCUGCAGGUGAAUCCAAACAGAAGCAAAAACAGGAACACGUCCCUCCCUAUGACGUGGUGCCCUCUAUGAGGCCGGUGGUCCUGGUGGGGCCUUCUCUGAAGGGAUACGAGGUUACAGAUAUGAUGCAGAAAGCUCUUUUUGACUUCCUGAAACACAGAUUUGAAGGAAGAAUCUCAAUCACCCACGUAACUGCCGACCUCUCCUUAGCAAAGAGAUCUGUCCUUAACAAAAGACCCAUAAUGGAGAGAUCCAACACUCGCUCCAGCCUAGCCGAGGUUCAGAGUGAGAUCGAGAGGAUAUUCGAGCUCGCCAAAACGUUGCAGUUGGUGGUUCUGGAUGCAGACACCAUCAACCACCCAGCACAGCUCGCCAAAACCUCCCUCGCUCCCAUCAUCGUCUACGUUAAGGUUUCCUCACCGAAGGUGCUGCAGAGGCUGAUCAAGUCCCGGGGCAAGUCUCAGAGCAAACACCUGAAUGUUCAGAUGAUGGCUUCUGACAAACUCUCUCAGUGUCCUCCUGACAUGUUUGAUGUCAUUUUGGAUGAGAACCAGCUGGAAGACGCCUGUGAACACUUGGCCGAAUACCUGGAAGUGUACUGGCGAGCCACUCACCUGCCCGGCAACACCCCUCUGAAUCCUUUACUGGAGCAGAGUCUGAUAACCCCGCCCACUGCCAUGUCCAGCCUCCAGAACAAGAACCAGGCACAGCCGCAUGAGCCGGAGGGCUUGGAGGGUGACGAGGAGGAGGAGGAGGCGGGCGAGGAGGUCCACUCCCCUCUGGAGCAGGACAGCCUCAUGCCAUCAGACGAGGCCAGCGACUCCUUGUCCCGCGGCUGCAGGGGGAGCCCCUGCCACAGGGUGGCCGUGGAGGACGAGGAGGAGGAGGAAGAGGACGAGGAAGACGACGAGUACGCCUCCCCCCGCCACGUUCGCACAUACAGGGACAUGUACCAGCCGCACCGCGGGCACACGGGCGGCCCCCACAACGCCAACGGGCACGAGUCGCAGGACAGGCUGCUGCAGCGCGACGCUCAGCAGGGCCACAACCAGAGGAACAACCGCCAGCGGAGCCGCCCGUGGCCCCGAGACACCUACUGAAGCGCCUCCAUCAAGGCCCCCCAAGCCCUUCGACUGCCACACAUUCCCUAACGAAAUAUCGACAAGUCCACACACAGGUUUAUUAUCCAGCAUCUCAGUUAUUAACCCUCUGAGUGGGUUCUAGUCACGCAGAACCAGGCCCCCCCACCUCCACAACUGGAAGGUUUCAGGCUGCCAGCUGUACACAAACUUUAAGGUUUGUCAAUGGUAGGAUGUCUCUUAUACUGGCCUUAAAACUUCUAUCUUUACUAUUGCAUGGAUAAUUAUUUUAAGACUUUUUUGCACAUUGCGUCUGAACAGGAAGUGAAUGAUCUUUAUGGACAGUAAAGUAAGAAUGUCCCGUGUUGAGUUCAUUUAUGGCUACUAGUAAUGCAUUCGAUUCCAGUGUAAAUACUUAAUGGGCACUUUUGUUCAAUUGCUUCUUCAUUUGUUUGAGUCGCCCGCCGUGUUCUCACUGAAUGAUCAAGCGCGUGCAGCCGCCGUGCGAGUCCCCCGCCGUGGAGGGCUGCAGAAGAGCAUCACUCGCCUUCGCACAAUCAGUCGCUGACGCUCUCAACACCGAAUGUAAACAGGAGAAUGUUUGGAGCGUUACAAAACGUUUGUUUACAUGCUGUCAUUUCACCCUCGUCAAGCACACGCUGCAACGCCGCAGCUCCUCUUGGAUUCAAGAAUGUAAGCUCGCAUGCCUUUUGCACCUCCCUCGCCACCUGCGUCUCCCACGCUCACACUCGAUUUGAUUGUAGCACGUUACUGAUUGUAGCAUCCACAUUCGCUGGUCACACCCUCUCUGUGUCGCAUCAGAUGGUUUAAAAAAAAUAAAUAAAGGCGUGCAAGUCAACUCCACGUCAGGCUCCUGAAGGACUCGUAGCACCCGUGACAUGAUGUCAUUCUGUUCCUGCAUUAUUUCUAGUCCUUGAGCCGAUGACGAGUUUGACGUGAGGCUGACAAGCGGCUGAAGCGUCGCCGUCCGUUCACAGGGUCAGUGUUUUACUGCUUCCAUGUCUCACAGGUAUUACCUAGUGUUCUGUAUAUUUUGAAUAGAAAAAAAUUAGCAUGGUUAAAGAAAAAUCUAUGCAAGUGUUGCAUGAAAUUCCUUCUUUGAUUUCUUUAUUUUAUUUUUUUUUUCCACUGUUAAGUAUUUUUAAAAUGCAUCGAUCCGACUCUCCUUGUUGUCUUGUAGGGAUAUUCUUGUCUUUGGGGCUACUCACUCCUCACGCACACAAAAACAACAAAUUUAUUCUAUUUUACCACUUAAGACAACAAUAUUUCUCACUGAAGCACUUUCUACAACUCACUAUAACCAGUCCCAAAUAAUCCAAGCUCAGUUAAAUUUAAAUAAAUUAAAUGAUUUCUGCAUGUCUGUAAUUUUCCUUCUAUUUUGGCGAAGAACGUUCUUCUGAACAGACCAAUUUACCAACUCGUAAGCAGUUGAAGCUUUUUCCGAUUUAUGAAGCACAAUUUUUAUCGUUUAAUUUCCUGUCUUAUUCUGUAUGCAAUAUGAAGUCGAACAUUGAAGAAACUAUAAUCGCCUUAGACCAUCUGGACUUCCUCUUUUGUGUGAGUAGAAAAAAAAAAUUGCACUACUUAGUUUUGGGAUGGUUGCAUUGUAAUGCAAUAAGUGCACUAAAUAUAAUCAUAUAUCCACCACACUACUGCAGCGUGCUAGCGUGACCAGACACGCCUCUUCCCUCUAUUUAUCAAAAGAGACAGAAAAUGUGUAAAAAGUGAGACAUUUCCUGCCUGAUGCUGUAUAGAAUGCUUUGUAUUUGAAAAUAGUUUACAAUGACAAGUGGAUUAAACAAAAUAAACAUGACAUUUUAUGUAA